GUGCUUGCUUGCUGCACGGGCUGCCUUCAAAUCGCAGCAAUCACUUGCGAUUCCAAUCAUGGCCAGAAGCACUCGUACCCUCGGCGCCUUGCUUCUCCUCGGAGUGGUCUUCACCUUGCUGGAGCUUUGUUCCAGCCCCAGUGGACUCCCACGAGCGCUUGUCGUGAUGGAAGAAGGAGAAGUAGAGACAGCUCAGUCACCUCUGGCGCCUCCAGUCCCAGAGGAGGGCGACAAUUUCUUCAGCAAGGUUUUCGCGGCAGCAGCACAGGGUUGCACAGCGGCCUUCGUGGCAGCAAUUUUGUCGGCCAUGUGUGAACCCUUGGUCAACCGACUUUUGGUGAAGCGAAUGACUGUGGGCCAGGCAUUCAGUGAGAUGAACUUGGCACUGGUGGCCAGAUUCUUCCUCACCACUUUCCCAACCAACAUGCUGAAAUUCCCUGUCUUCGAAGUCAUUAACCGAGCCAUGGCAUUCAGUGGACUUUCUCCCAGCAUUAGUGGAACCAUCAGCGGUUUCUUUUUCUGCACGAUCAUGCUGCCAGUGACCAACUACCGCUUCCAGAAGAGCAUGAACCCCGACUGGGAGAUCCAGCCAUCCCUGCUGUACCAGGCGUAUGUUCCCACUGUGGCACGUGACAUCAUCUACGGCUGGGCACGAGGGUUGGUGGGUACCUUCUUCCAAGACCUCUUCGCACCAGAAGAGUUCACUCACAAGGCCCUGGUGUUUGGUCUGACCAUUUGGGCUUCUUGCAUCAUCUCUUCCCCAUGCAACGAGUGGCGUGGCUAUACCCUGCAGCCUCCAGACAAGAAGCUGGACUUCCAAAAGUACUUCAAGCCAAUUAACUACGCACGCUCUACAGGCAUUGGAUCUACGAUCAUGGGAGUUGCCCUCAUGAUUGGUAUGCUUGUGACACCUUAUGCCGAAGCAGCAUUUGGGUAUCUGAAGGAGAAUCAUCCCCUUGCCUCGAGCAUUGUGGCGCACGAUGUCCUUCUGAUCGCCAUUGUGCGACUUUUAAGGUGAGAUUUUUGUACCAUUAUUCGCUCAAUUGUUGAGCCUGUGCUUUUUCCAUUGAUUCGCUUCAGAAUCUCCUGUAUAGCUGAUUUUUGGGCACGCCACUGGUGACCGUUGUGGCACAAGUGUCCGGCAUGGAGUACGUGUGGCAGCUCACGCCCCUAGGCGGAGGCUAGUACUCGAGACGGCCAAACUCUACUCAGUCCGCUUUGGGAUCCA